AUGGCACAGCCACUCGAGGAUGCGUACAUUACGCUUCUUAUGAGCGAUUCCUACCUACCGGGCGCAGUCGUUCUUGCAAACUCUCUGCGCGAUGCCGGAACCACCAAGAAGCUUGCGGUGCUCGUGACUAUGGAGACGCUAUCGGCUGAUACCAUCUCGGAGCUCAAGGCGCUUUACGAUUACCUGAUUCCUGUCGAGCGCAUACGAAACUCCAAUCCCGCCAACCUCUAUGUCAUGGGGCGGCCCGAUCUGGCUUUUGCCUUCACCAAGAUUGCUCUCUGGAGACAGACGCAGUUCCGCAAGCUCGUCUACCUCGACGCAGAUGUGGUAGCUCUGAGGGCCUUGGACGAGCUGUUCGACAUUGAGGCUUCGUUUGCUGCAGCGCCAGAUAUCGGCUGGCCAGAUGCUUUCAACAGCGGUGUCAUGGUUAUCAAACCAGACAUGGGCGAAUACUGGGCUCUCCAGACCAUGGCAGCGACUGGUGACAGUUUCGAUGGCGCAGAUCAAGGCUUACUGAACCAGUACUUCGAACACCGUCCCUGGCAACGAUUGAAGUUUACUUACAACUGCACGCCAAACGCCGAAUACCAAUGGGAGCCAGCAUACCGCUACUACAAGCGCGACAUUGCCGCUGUCCACUUUAUCGGCAAGAACAAGCCUUGGUCAGGCCACCAUGCGGGUGGAAAUGGCGUCUAUGGAGAACUGGUAGCGCGAUGGUGGGCGGUGCACCAGAGACAUUUGCACAAGGCAAAGGGGGGCCAACGAGCUGGUGAGGCAAAGAGCACCCAUGGUGACUCCGGGCUUUCUUCCUCGUCUAUUCCUGUUCCUAUCGAGGCCUCUGCUGUUACAACCGAGCCACCUAUGACCGAAACUGGAGAUGAGAUUCAGGAUAUUGACCAAGGUAUAAUAGAGCCAACCCCUACGGUCGAACAACGCAAGUUCUCUGCGCCUGAGAUGCAGUGGGAUGCAACCAAGUUCGAGCCACCAGCCCAGUCGAGACCCGAAGCUGCCAAUUUCCCUACCCAAACGUACACUUUCAGUGACAGCCGGUCGCUCUUCAAGGCUCCAAGCGCCUACCCGGAAGCGCCGCGGGACAUGUGGUACCAGGUCCCAGAAACCAGGCCCAAACCUGCCGAGAGACCUAAGCCCAUCUUUCCAUGGGAGCAAGAGGUGGACAGACCAAAGCCGACGCGUGUGUUUGCUGAAGACCUGUCACCAGAACCGACACCUACAGUAAUGUCACCGACACACGCGUUUUCAACCGUACAUUACGAUGAGAGUGAUAAAACAGCUCCAACCGGAGUGGACAGAGUUAGAAGCCCUGCAAACGCUUCUGCCUCGAAUUUUGCUGACCAAGGUUGGCAGUCCUACCAGCAUAGUGGCGUAAAUGCCUGGGAUAAUGUUCCGGGUAUCGAUAGCUACGUUCGUGCCAUAUCGGACAUGAGUGGAAUACGGGGCAAGAACCAGUCCCUACGCCAGACCACAGGCACGGAUGAUAUCAGUUCGCCCAUACUGGAACGUAGGAACCGCCGCGAGAGCCUUAUUCUCACUGAUUUCCCGUCUGCAGUAGAACGACCGAGCCUUCCUGUGACACCUGCACCGGUCCGUCGUCCGAUGUUCUGGGGCGAAGAGAGAAAUCAAGCAGGUGAACUACCUUCUGCUACAGGAGUGCCGGAUCAGACCGAAUGGAACCCCGAGGAGAAGCUUGACCAGCUACGGCGUUCAUCUCUGAUCGAGUUUGAACAUCUGAAGAAAGACGAGCACCCUAACCCCCCGAUGCGUGCGCUACCCGAGCAUUCAGUCGUUGAGAAGAAAGAAGCAGGCACUUCAUUUGGGCUUGAUGGAGCAAAUGACCAGGCUGUUCCAGGAUCUUUCCCGCACAUCGCAGAAAAGGACUUUGCUAGCAGUGACCCUGCACCGGAUGUACGACCAGGCUUCGGCGACCGCUCAUUUGCUCAUGGUGAUGAAAACUCGGCACCGGACCACUACUCCAAGCAAGACUUUUCUUCUGGAUCUUCAAGCACCUUCGGACAGAACUUCUCGAGUUCGACGUCGCAGGCAACGGCCCAUGAACAAAGUGCUAGCCAUGAUUCGUUGUCAUCUGGUCAGCAAGUUCAGUCUGGGGGCAUGACCUUUACUGUACCCACCUUCGAUGAUGGUACUUCAGCCGACGUCCAAGCUGCGGGAGACGAACUCAGUCCGACACAGAGCACGCUUGGGCCAGCUGCUCCACUCGAAAGCUUGACAAGCUUGAGUCGACUGAUGGCGCUACUCGUCGCAACACCUAUCCGCUGCGACCGUUACACGCCAGAACGACUGCCCAACGCCGCCUGGCCAUAUCUGUAUCACCCACCCAACAAGAUGGCGCACCUCGACCCGUACUUCAAGCAGGUAGACGACUUGCAGAGCAACUUCAUCGAGAGGCUGAGGGAGGCGGUUGCUAUCCCCAGUAUCAGCUCCGAGGACCAGAGGAGACCCGAUGUCGUCAAGAUGGGCCACUGGUUAGCGGAACAGAUCAAGGCGCUUGGUGGUACCGUUGAGCUCCGCGAGCUCGGAAAGCAGCCUGGUCGCGAGCACCUUGACCUCCCACCGUGCCUUCUUGGACGCUACGGAGACGACCCGAAGAAGCUCAACGUUCUCGUUUACGGUCACUACGACGUACAGCCCGCGAACAGAUCCGACGGAUGGGCGACCGACCCCUUCACCCUCACCAUCGACGACAAGGACCGCAUGUACGGACGCGGUAGCACCGAUGACAAGGGCCCGGUUCUUGGCUGGUUGAAUGCGAUUGAGGCACAUCAGAAGGCAGGCGUAGAACUCCCAGUCAACCUGAUCAUGUGCUUCGAAGGCAUGGAAGAGAACGGAUCAGAGGGUCUGGACGACACCAUCCGCGCCGAGGCCAAGAAGUUCUUCAAAGACGUAGAUGUUGUUUGCAUCUCAGACAACUACUGGCUAGGAACUGAGAAGCCAUGCUUGACAUACGGUGUUCGCGGUUGCAACUACUACCAAGUAGAGGUCUCUGGCCCUGGUCAGGACCUGCACUCUGGUGUCUACGGUGGAAUGACACACGAGCCCAUGACCGACUUGGUUCGCAUCAUGAACUCGUUGGUCGACCCCGACGGCAAGAUUCUCAUCAAGGGCGUCGAUGACCUCGUCGCCCCACUUACCGAGCAAGAAGCUGCACUUUACCCACCCAUCGCCUUCACCAUGGACGGUCUGCGGGAAUCAUUGGGUGGUGAAGUCACCAUCCACGACAAUAAGGAGGAUGCGCUCAAGUCCAAGAUGCGAUACCCAUCGCUGUCGCUCCACGGCAUUGAGGGUGCUUUCUACUCCGAGGGCGCGAAGACUGUCAUCCCUGCCAAGGUCAUUGGAAAGUUCUCCAUUCGCACAGUACCAAACAUGGAGAUCGACCCAGUCACCAAGUUGGUUGAGAAGCAUGUCGACGACGAGUUUGCCAAGCUCAAGUCCAAGAACAAAAUGAAGUUCAGCGUGGUGCACUGCGGAAAGUGGUGGGUGGAGGACCCCAACCACCCCAACUACACUGCUGCUGCCAAGGCCGUCGAGCGUGUAUUUGGUGUAAAGCCAGACAUGACCCGAGAGGGUGGUAGCAUCCCUGUUACCUUGACCUUCCAGGAGGAGCUAGGCAAGAAUGUCCUAUUGCUGCCAAUGGGUAGCUCGACUGACGCCGCUCACUCGAUAAACGAGAAGCUGGACAAGAGGAACUACAUUGAGGGCACGAAGCUACUAGGAGCCUACCUGCACUACAUUGCAGGAGAGAUGAAGCGCGAUUCGGCAUCGCUCCACCCAGGACGGCCAGCACCGUGCCAACGCGUGCACCUCAAGCAGCCCGCCAAACCCAACCCCAAUUCCACAAUGUCAACAUGUAAAUCCCUCCUUCGGGCAUGUCCAUCGCAACGGACUACUCCAUCGCUCCUUCCCCUCACGCAAUGUCGUUUCGAAUCCACAACCCGGCGGCACAGAAAACUGCUCGCACUCCCCGAAGCACCAUCCUACACACCCGACCGCUCGGCUCCCACAUUGGUCUUCAAUCCCCCGUCUUCGGCGCCAAACGUCUAUCACACGCCGCUCAAGUUUCUGCCCAAGGAAGAUAAGAGAAGACAGUUAUACGCUGCCGCUCAACAAUACGCAACAAAACUGGCGCACACACGGCAAUCCUCCCACAUCGCAGCGCCCGGCACACCACUCAACACAGACAGUUUCCUUCCACCGCGCCCUUCUGCCUCCCUGCCUGCGCCUGUUCGACAGCCAUACGAGAAGACCUACCAUCUCAACGAGAAUGAUAUUGCUGAGAUUAGGAGGCUGAGGAGUCAGGACCCAGAUACAUGGACGCGGGUGAAGCUGGCGGAGAAAUUCGGUUGCAGUCAGUUCUUUGUGGGUAUGGUUGCUAAAAACGAGGGCAAGGCGGAGAGGGUAAACAGGGAGCAUGAGGCGGCAAGGAGGAAGUGGGGAACCAGGAGACGAGAGGCUAGGGAGGACCGGGGCAGGAGGAAGGUGCUUUGGGGGAGAGACGCUUAG